AUGCGUGUAGCAAUAACUUCUCUGCUGUUUGUAGUCGCAAUAACUUGUUCUCUGGCAGACAACAAUGCCCCUCACUACGACAUCGAAAAAGCCCCUCAACUAUUUGAGAAGUUUAUACAGGAUUUCAAAAGGGUUUAUAAGAAUGAAGCCGACAAACAAGUACAUUACCAAGCUUUCGUAAAGACCUUGAUACAGAUUAAUAAAUGGAAUUCUGAGCCGGGCCAGACCGCGACAUUUGGGAUCAAUAAAUUUGCCGAUUACACUGAGGAAGAAAAGAAACAUAUGGGUGGAUUUGUUCCCAUUAAGCAAUAA